AUGACUAAUACUAUUAUUCCAUGUAUCGUUAUAUUCAAUAUUUGUGCGAAUUGUGAUUGCGCUGCCCUUAUGAAUUUCAGCGUUACUGUUGCAAUCAGCAGAUUCAACAUUGUACUAUUAGCUGUCGAUGUUCGGGAGGUCACUGAUACAAAGGUUUUAGUAAUAAUACUCUCACGCUCUUUGUUCAGGUUCUUAAGAGUAAAUCGUCUGCAGUCGUUCACUUUUUCAACAACCUACAAACUUACAGGCUUAGAUGAAUUUUUUGACGAAAAGAAGAAUUGGGGUGAAACAACUGUAAGUUGUGGAAGGCCAUGGAGAAAAGAAGAACUCCGACUAAAAAGCAAUGUUGAUCUACAUAAAUUAUGGUAUAUAUUACUUAAAGAGCGUAACAUGUUGAUGACCAUGGAAGAAGAGCAUUAUCGUUGUUUAGAACGCAUGCCGAGUUCUGAACGGUUUGAAAAAGUUGAAGAGAGUAUGGAGAAUCUCUUAAUGGUAGUAGAAGAACGUAAUCGUGCUGUCGAUGAAUUAGAAAAAGGUGAAUGGAUUGGUCCAACAGUUGUUGAAAAAGUAGAUCAAUUAGGUCGAGAAGUUCCAACACUGACUAGUGAACAUUUUACUCCAAAGGUUAUAAAAAGUUAUGCAGAAUCAGAUGAAAGUAUGUGGAGUCAAAAAACUUUGAAAUUAUUACAACUGGAAAGAGAGAGAAAUAUUGCACGUAAACGUGAACGUAAACGAAGAGAACGUUAUUUUGAAAGACUUGAUCACUGGAAAAAGAUUGAUUAUCUUGAUGAAAAAUCGAUUGAAAAACGCGCAGUGUGA